AUGCUUCUACGAUCAUCAUCUCUACUGGGCUCCCUGCUCCUAGUAUGCGCCGUUUUGACAGCGGCUCGAGCCUCAAUCCUCACAGACUCUCCUCCUCCACAAAUUCUGACACGUCAGCUGCGGAGUUUUCCGUACUCGGUCUCGUUCUACCGUAUGCUGGGACACGAUCGUCAGUUGCGGCCGUAUUAUGGUGUCAAUGAUGAGGUUGCCGCAUUGAUCGAUUCGAUGAACAACAAUGAUGACGUGGCAUCAUCAUCUGGAGAAGAGGUCUAUCCGACGAGACCCAGAAGAAGUGACGGUUUGCGAGGAUACGCCUGCCGCUUCAAAUUCUGUAGGAUCUACGACGCGUGA